UGGCUCUGGCAGGGGCGCUCUACUCCGGCCCCCUCUCUCUCGCCGAGGGCGCGGCCCCGCGCCCGAGGGUGCGAUGGAGGUCUCCUCCGGCAGGCCGUUUGCAGGCGCGCGCAUCACGGCUGGGGAUAUCAACAAGUACCUGGAUCUGUCGAGGACCCCGUGCAAGGUGAACUACAAGGGAUCCAGCAGCCCCGGCCCCGCGACCCACUCCCGCCCCCUGUGGAAGAACAACAACGACCCCUUCCAGUACGACAGGAACUACCUCCAGAGGGCGGACAUCGCCCGGGGCGACAUGGCGCAGAGGCAGGUCAAGGACCGCUCGCUGUCCUCGAGCGCGCUCGCCUCGCCGCUGUCCGUGACCGGGUGGAGCCAGAUUCGCCGGGCUCGCGCCUCUUCCGUCGGGGAGGGCCUCGGGCCGCCCAGCUUCUUGGCAGACCUCUGGCGGCCGCAGCAUGCGCGGCGGGGGGGCGCCCCUCUCGGAGGGCGGCGCCCCCGUCGCCGCGCCCCCUCGCCCUCUCUCCUGUGCGCGCCGCCCGGCGUCCCUGGCUACGCGGGCUUCCUGCCCGGGUUCGACACCCACAAAUCCCGGAGGGGGAAACGUCGACCGGCAGGGCGACGUCGAACCUGGACCAGUUCCGCGCGACGGGGCGCGGAGCCCUCCACUGCAGCGCGGACGAGCUCGUUAUGGGGAGCAGGCCGUCUCCCUGGGCGAGUCGCCAGGGCUUGGACUUGGCCGCCACGGCGUGAUCCAGGGGACGGAGAAGUGGACAGUUCCUCGGAGGAGGAAAGGUACCCAUACUGCUACCUUUCCCUCCAUCACAGUGUCGGAGGUCUGGGGCGGUCUCUGCGCCGCGGCUUCUCCUCCUCCUCCUCCUCCUUCUCCUCCUCUCGCGAUGCCCAGUCGCAGCGCCAGGCAGCCGCGUCGCCAUUCGGCCGGCUCCGGAAAGCUCUGGCGCGCUGGUGUACAUACACCCUUCUCGGGCGCCCUCCGCCGAGCGGAGCCGCCCUUGUCUUCACUUCUGCCAGCUCUCGCGGGCCUUCCGCCGAUGGGCAAGACGUCCCGUCGAUCCCUCGAAGGCGAGGCCCUUUUUUGGAACACCGCCAUUUGGCCCCAUCUGCCCUUGCUGGUCUCUCCUGCGCUCAGUCUGCUCGCAGAAGCUGCAAGCCCGGAGCGUGCGCGGCUCGCGAACGCGGCCAGCGCCCUCCGUAGGGAUAGGGAUGCGGAGGAGGGGG